CACUUAAAACUCAUUUUUUAUAUGCACAGUUGCAAUUUCUUUAAUAUCCAUACGGUUGCAUGUGCCAAUUACGUAAUGUUUCAAACCUGUCAUACAAAAUGAGAGUGUUAUCACAAUUUGUAAUUUAUAAGUGCAACUUUAUCCCCAACAGGAAUGUUCUAAUCAAAAUAGUUUGUUAUUAAACACCCAAAAAUUUAAAUCGCAUUCCCCGGGAAAUUAAAAUUCCACCGAAAUCGGGGAAUUCUCCAACGGUUGGCAUCACUGAUUCUUAUCUCACUAAUUACUUAUCAUGUGGCAACGCUGCACGCUGAUGCUCACCGAACUUGUCAUCGAACGCGUCUGACAACGUGUAGCACGUCUUAUCACAGAGUUUAGUAUACAUUUUACGUUCCGAGCGUAAAGAUAAUCAUUUUAUUAGUAAUAAAUCGGAAGAUGUCAUCUGAACUAUUCGGUGUAACAUGUCUCGGUGGUGGCGUACAAUUCUGGAAGGAUUUUAUAAAAAUUUAUCAGAAUUCGCCUGCGCUAUGGGAUACACGAAGUAUGGCAUACAAAAAACCGUAUCUAAAGCGCGAGGCCUAUAACAAGCUGCGAGAUAAGCUACGCGAAAUAGAUCCGAACGUACAAAUGGACUAUGUGAAAAGGCGUAUCAAUGGUUUAAGAUCUUGUUACCGGCGUGAGCUGCGACGCAUAGAGGAUAGCAAGAGAAAGGGAGACAUCUUGUAUAGGCCAACUUUGUUCUACUUCAAGGAGAUGCAAUUUCUCGAUGAUGUACUGGAUUUCGACCCCGAACGUGAUGCGCCUGAGGGCAAGUUNGGACGACCUGGACGCAAGCCAAAAGUAAAUAAAAGACUUUCUAAGAAAAUCGUAAAAAAAGACUCAUCGACCAGUUCGGACUCUGAGAGCGAGAGUAGUGGUGAAUCGAGCUCAACAACUUCCGCCUCAUCUUCGGCAACAACAGCGUCACAACAGCCUGCUCAACAUCAACAUCAGCAACAGCAGCAGCAAAAACAGCAACAAGCAGCCGUGGCGCCGUACAGCAAUGGCAACACUAACGGCGCGCUGCCGCAAAGUGCCGGCUUGAUCACCCCAAAUGGAGCUGCGACUCAGUUUGUCCAAACACCCACCAACACAAACAUAGCAUCCGCGCCAGAGCCGACGCUAGCGUCUAUGCCAACGCCAACAUCAUGGCAGCUAUCUAUGGAGGCGCAGACAUUAGGCGCUAGCUGGGUGGCGCUCUAUCAUCGCUUGGAGCGUGAUCAGCAGCUGUAUGCCAACAAAGCUAUUAUGGAAGUGUUGUACCAGGGCGCCUUGGGUCGUCUUAACGCCGACUCAUAUAAGUCGCUGGAGCGCGAUAUGAGCAACAACUUUCUGGAUGAUCAUCGCAUUAUGGAGGCUAUCAACGAGGAGCUGGCGACUGAUUUUAUUAGCAAAGCGAACUCUGUAGAUCUUUAUUGAGCGAAGCGGAGAAAAUUUGCACAGCUUGGUUGUUUAAUUUUUUAUACUUUUUUUAAUUUUAGUAAGUUCGCUAUUUAUAUUACUGCGGAUAAGGAUUUAUGUAUGAGGGUUAAAUGACCCGCAAUACAUUAGAGAUAAGCUUUAGUAAGUAUGCUUUUUUAUGAUGAAAUGUAAAUAAAAAUAAUUGCGCUUGGCAGCGAAUUUAGA